GAUAUAAAUAGUUAAAAACAAACUGCCACUUGCUCUCAGCGCUCCAACAUGAUUUGGCUUGUGGCUUUUCUGUCCUGCAUUGGGCUGAUUUGUGCUGAAACACCCUUCAACCAUAAUGUACACAAUCAGAGGGUCAUAGGAGGCCAUGAUGCUAAACCCAACACCUGGAAAUGGCAGGCUUCUCUGCAGUAUGAUUCAUACAAUGAUGGUUAUUUCUACCACAUCUGUGGAGGCACUAUCGUUCAUGGUUUCUACAUUAUGACUGCGGCUCACUGUAUCCUCAGCAUGGAUGCUAGUAUGUACCGUGUGGCGGUGGGUGAGUAUAAUCUGUACGAGUAUGACGGCAGUGAGCAGUUCAUCCGUGUGGAAGCGAUUGCCGUCCAUCCCGGCUGGACUGAAGACCUUGCCAAGGGAAAUGAUAUUGCUCUCUUGAGACUCGCUAAUCCUGUGUAUAACAACGGCUACGUGGCUAUUGCCAACCUUCCCAGUCCUGGCGAGAUGCUGCCUCAUGGUUUCACCUGUUACAUCACUGGCUGGGGACUUAUGGACUACAUAGGGAGCAUCCCUGCUGUCCUACAGGUGUCUCCCAUCGCUGUGGUGGAGCAUUCUGUCUGCUCCCAGCCUGAAUGGUGGGGCAGCAUUGCUCUGAGAUCCAUGGUGUGUGCUGGAGGGGAUGGAGUCGUAUCAGGCUGCCAGGGCGACUCUGGGGGUCCCCUGAGCUGUUUCACCGACGGAGCCUGGCGAGUCCACGGUGUUGUCAGUUACGGUCCAGCUGGCGAGUGCAACCAAGUGUCUAAGCCCACUGUCUUCACCAGAGUCUCUUUCUUCCAAGACUGGAUCUCUUCAUUUGUACAACAUCAAUAGACAGUGCAGUGUUUUGUCCAUACAGUCAAAUGGAACCUAUGAAAUAAAAUUAACAUGCAUCUCAAA